AUGGCAUCUAAAUCGACAGGCUCCGACACUGGCACCGCUUCCACGACCACCACUCCCGCCAACGCCGGCCUAGGGGAACAGAAGCCCAAGGCCUUUGAUGAGAAAGGUGCUAUUGGCAAGCAGUUUACCGAGCAUGGCGCGAUUGGCGGAGCGGCACAAAAACUCGGGGGACCAUUCGACAAAGAGGGCGUUGUCGGUAAGCAGUUCACGACUGAAGGGAGCAUAGGCGGGAGUGUUGAGACGGCGCUGGGAGGAGAGAAGGGGAGGAGUAAUUAA